AUGUGGUUGCUGAGAAAGGUGCACGCUAUAUGCGACACUGCUCUUCGAUAUCUGAAACUCAUUGAAAAUCGACAAGUGGGUUGGUUAACCUGGGAUCGCAAGUCGGGCGACUUCAAACGUGAACAGCAACCGCUUUGGAAGAAACUCAAGCUCUUGUUGUUAUUCAAUCCUGUUACAGAAUGGAUUGAUCGGACACAUGUUCUCCGUCUUUGGACACACAAGAAAAACAUUAAAGCUGGGCGGAAAGAGGGCAGACCACAAUCCCGUGCCAAAAUUAAUGCUUUCAUUGAUUAUUAUCAUAUUGAUAUGAGCAGCUUCGAGCCUCCAAACCCUGAAAGCUACCCUACUUUUGAGGAUUUCUUCGUUCGUACAUUCGCACCCAACGCAAGGCCGAUUUUUGCGCCCGAGGACCCUACUCAGGCCACGGUUGUCGCAGACUCGCGACUAGUGGUGUACCAGACUGUGGAGAAAACCCAGGCACUUUGGGUCAAGGGAAGCGAAUUUACGAUUCACAACCUGAUCCAGGAUGAUAUACGCAGUGUCCAAUGGCAGGAUGGAUCCAUCGCCAGUUUCAGGCUGAGCCCACAAGACUAUCAUCGAUACCAUUCUCCAGUUAAGGGAAAUGUUAAAUGGUAUAAGCACAUCCCGGGUGAUUAUCUUCAGGUUGACCCGGUGGCGCUUCAUAGCUCCGUCAAUAUCUUGACCGAGAAUGCCAGAAGCUGCGUCUGCAUUGAGAGUAAGGAGUUUGGCGAUGUCCUUUUUGUGGCGAUUGGUGCUACAGAUGUGGGGACAGUUGAGAUUCAUGACGAGAUCAAAGAAGGACACCCUGUCCAAAAGGGGGACGAGCUUGGCCUUUUUCAGUUUGGUGGAUCGAGUAUCAUUGUGGCUUUCGAGCAAGGUCGGAUUGAUUUUGAUGAGGACCUUAGGCGCUUCAGUAAUAAAGAGGUCAUGGUGGACGUGGAGGUUGGAAUGAGUCUCGGCAGGGCAACUCAUCACGUAUAA